GGAAAUAAGAUUUCUCUCCAUAGUCUCUAGUCUCUACUCUGUCGCUGUUCUUCGUUACUGUUUCCCCCCCACUUUACUGUUCUUCUCCCCGGAGCUGUUCCACAAGGGUCCUCCAGACUUCAGAAUCACAGAACACAGGAUUAAGCAAAGCGAGAAAGAGACACUCACAGAGAGAGAGACAGAAAUCAAAUCUCUCUCAUACAAUGGGGUGAAAGUUGAGGAAGCAGCUGUUCUCACAGCUGCGUGUAGGAACUCCGAGACCAAUUCUUGAUUUUAUGAUCUGGUUGUUGAUCAGGAAAUUUUGACGAGUUUGAAAACAGAGGAAGGAGUUGUGGUUGUCGUAUGAUUUCUGAACUUGUUCUCUGUUGAUCAGACACAAGGACUGAGAGAUUAUAUUUCUCUUUUCACUACCAAAUCGGGUGUUUAAAGUCCAAUCAGGUUUGAUUCUGGCUUGGAUCUCUUAUCUGAGUUUUUAUAAUUUGUAGAAGGAUCGGCCAAAACAGAUAGGGUUGGGGGUCUUUGCUGCAGUCAUGGCAUCCUUGUUACAUUCUGAGUCGAGACGCUUGUACUCUUGGUGGUGGGACAGUCAUAUAAGUCCAAAGAAUUCCAAAUGGCUUCAGGAAAAUCUUACAGAUAUGGAUACCAAGGUCAAAGCAAUGAUCAAGCUCAUCGAAGAAGAUGCAGAUUCCUUUGCAAGGAGGGCAGAGAUGUACUACAGGAAGCGUCCAGAGCUUAUGAAAUUGGUUGAGGAGUUCUACCGAGCAUAUCGUGCUUUGGCAGAAAGAUAUGACCAUGCAACUGGGGCACUUCGUCAAGCACAUCAUACUAUGGCUGAGGCAUUUCCAGACCAAGUCCCCUUUGCACUGGCUGAUGAUUCACCCAUUGGCUCUUCCACCAUUGAGGCUGAACCUCACACACCUGAGGUGCCACACCCUAAACGUGCAUUGUAUGAACCAGAUGACUUGCAUAAGGAUGCUCUGGGGCUUUCCUCAUCACCAAUACAUACCAUGACUAGGAAUGGAGGCCCUUCUGAAGAAUUCAAUGCUGAAACAAUCAAAAAGGGGUUGAAACAGCUCAAUGAUAUGUUUGCAUCAAGUGAAGUGUUGCUGAAUCAUGCAAAGUUUGCAGAAGGAAGGGUGAGAAAAGGCCUGAAUUUCCAGGAGGUGGAUGGGCAAGAACAAAGGUUGGAGGAUGGGAUGUCUCAUUUAUCUACUGAGAACCAGAAUCUCAAGACCCAAAUUGCAUCAGAGUCUGAACGAGCAAGUAAAGCUGUGAUGCAGGUUCAAACACUAAAAGAAGCUCUUUCCAAAUUGGAAGUUGAAAAGGAAGCAGGCCUUCUUCAGUACCAGCAAAGCUUGGGGAAGAUAUCUCAUUUAGAGACUGAAGUCUUAAAUGCCCAAGAAAGUGCAAGAGGGCUCCAUGUACAAGCAAGUAAAGCAGAAACAGAAAUUCAAACGUUAAAAGAAAUGCUUUCUAAGCUAGAAGCUGAAAAGGAAGCUGGGCUUCUUCAAUACCAUCAGUGCUUGGAGAGGAUAUCUAGUUUGGAGGCUAAAAUUGCUAAUGCAGAGGAGGGCGCGAAAAAUCUUAACGAGCGAGUGGGUAAAGCUGAAACUGAGGCUCAAAACUUAAAGGAAGCCAUUGCCAGAUUAGAAAAUGAGAAGGAAGCUGCUCUUCUUCAAUAUAGGGAGUGCUUAGAGAUGAUAUCUAAUUUAGAGAUCAAAAUCUCUUAUGCCGAGGAGGAAGCCAAAAAGCUUAAUGAACGAGCUGAAAGGGCUGAAACUGAAGCCCAAACCCUAAAGCAAACCCUUGCUAAACUAGAGGAAGAGAAGGAAGCAGCUGGUCUUCAGUAUAAGCAGUGCUUGGAUAAAAUAUCUAAUCUGGAGAGUGAAGCAUCUCGGGCACAAGAGGAGGCCAUAAGACUUAAUGCUGAGAUAGAGACAGGGGUUGCAAAAUUACGCAGUUCUGAAGAACAUCGUCUUCUAUUGGAGAGUAUAAAUCAAUCUUUGCGGUCAGAGCUGGAAGCUUUGGUACGGAAAAUGGGGAUGCAAACUCAGGAACUUAAAGGGAAGCAUGAGGAGUUGCAGAGACUUCUCGCUCACAUACAAGAAGAGCACUUGCACUUCUUGCAGGCAGAAGCUGCUCUCAAAACUUUGCAGAGUUUGCACUGCCAAUCUGAGGAAGAGCAGAGAACUCUGGCAGUGGAGCUCCAAAAGGCCGUUCAAGUGUUGAAGGAUGUGGAGCUUCAGAAGCAGAGUUUGGAGGAUGAAGUCCAACAAGUCAAGGAGGACAACAAGAUCCUGAAGGACCAGAACUUAUCUUCUGCCAGAUCGAUGAAGAGUCUACAGGACGAGAUCUUUGGCUUGAAGGAGACAAAAGGAAACCUUGAAGCAGAGGUUGAACUCCGCUUGGAUCAAAGAAAUGCUCUUCAACAAGAGAUUUACUGUCUGAAAGAGGAAAUAAAUGACUUGAGUCGGCGCUUCCUGGCUAUGAUGGAGAAAAUUGAGUCAGUGGGUUUGAACCCCGAGUGCUUUUGUUCAGCUGUGAAGAACUUGCAGGAUGAGAACUUGAAGCUGAAAGAAAUCUGUGACAGUGACAGAGAUGAAAAAAUAACUCUUUUGGAGAAAUUGGAAAACAUGGAUAAAAUUCUGGAGAAAAAUGCUCUCUUAGAAAAUUCCCUCUCAGAUGCAACUGCAGAAAUAGAAGGGUUGAGAGAAAAGGUGAAACUUUUAGAUGGAUCUUGCCAGUCUCUUAGCGAAGAAAAAUCUGCUCUUGUUGCUGAGAAGGCUGGCCUGGUUUCCCAGUUGGAGAUUAUGGCUGAGAAGGUGCAGAAACUCUUAGAGAAGAGCACAUUACUCGAGAAUUCUCUCUCUGAUGUGGUUGCUGAACUUGAAGGGUCAAAGACAAAAGCUAAGAGCCUAGUAGAAUCCUGCCAGUCCCUUAAUGGUGAGAAGUCUGCCCUCCUCUCUGAAAAAGAAUCUCUGGUUUCUCAGCUACAAAUUAUUCAGCGAAGGCUUGAAGAGCUAGAGAGGAAAUGCUCACAAUUAGAAGAUAAGUACUUGGGCCUGGAGAAGGAGAGAGAAACCACACUUUGUCAAUUCAAAGAGUUACGUGUCUCCUUGGACCUAGAAAAACAAGAACGUGCAAAUUUUGCAGAGUCAAGUGAAACCAGGCUAGCAGCUCUAGAAAAGCAUAUCCAUGUCCUGCAAGAAGAAGAUCAUUGGAGGAAGAAAGAGUUUGAGGAAGAACUUGACAGAUCCAUAAAUACUCAGGUUGAGAUCUUCAUCCUGCAGAGAUUUAUCCAAGAUAUGGAAGAAAAGAACUUCUCUCUGUUGAUCGAGUGUCAGAAACACUUUGAGGCUUCCAAUUUAUCAGAGAUAUUAAUUUCUGAACUGGAACAGGAAAAUCACAAACUCCAUGUAGAUACAAAAUUCCUCUCUGACCAAAUUGAGAAGCUGAGAACAGGGAUUAGUGAAAUUUUGAAUUCCCUUGAAGUUGGCCCAGAUUAUUGGAGUCCUGAUAUGAUCACAGAAGAUCAAAUGCUGCUGAAGAAUAUUUUGAGGAAAAUUGAAGAUAGAGAAUGUUCUUUCUUGAAUGCUCAGGAUGAGAAGCAACAACUGUCAUUUCAGAACUUGGUUCUGGUUACUCUGCUAGAACAAAUGAGACUACAGACAGCAAAUCUUGAGCGUGAAAGGAACACCAUUGAUAAGGAGUACAAACUCCAGAUGGAGGAGCUAUUGAUGCUGCAAAAUGAGAAACAUCAACUUCUGGAGAUGAAUGUGCAGUUACAAUCAGAAAUCAGGAUAAGAGAGCACAGUGAGGAGGUCCUAAAGGCUGAAAUGGAGAAGCUACAGGCUAAUUUCUCAGAUUUGCAGGAAGCUUACCUAGUAUCACAGAACGAAAAUUCCAAAUUGCUUGAAGAAAAUGGAGGUUUGAGGAAUGAAUUGUCAGACUUGAAGGAGGAGAGACAUAUGCUAGAAAAGGAAAACAAUCUUCUUCUUGGUGAAGCAUUUGCUCUGGAAAAUCUCUCCUUGAUUUUUGAGAGCUUCAACUCUGAGAAAGAUGUGAAACUGGAAGGGUUUAGUGAAGAUGUGGACUGUCUACGUGGAGUUAACAGUGGCCUCCAGAAUGAGAUAAGAGUAAUAGAGGAAAAAUUGGGAAUGGUAGAGCGGGAAAAGCUGCAUCUCAAGGAGUCUGCUGAGGAAUUGGAGACUGAAAUGAGUGGAGUUAAGAAUGUAAAUGAUCAGCUGAACCAUCAAAUUAUGACCGGAAAGAAUCUACUUUCUGAUAAGGAAAUGGAGCUUUCAGAUGCAGAACAGAAGCUCAGAAUUACACAACAAGAGAACAAUAUGUUAUUCAGAGAUGUUGAGGAUAUGAAGAAGGAACUAAAUGAGUCUGAGGUGAGAAGACGGGAGCUAGAGAAGCAUAUCCUUGAGUUGUCAAAGGAUAAAAACCGUCAGAUCAUUGAGAUUGGUUGCCUUAAUGAAGCAAAUUGGAAGUUUGAAUCUGAACUGGGAAAAUUACGUAAAGAAACCUUAGAACUUAAAAGUGCGAGGGAGAAUUUGAGUUAUGAGUUGCAAGAGAGCAGAGGUGAAGUCAUACUCCUGGAGGCUGAUGCUGAAAAAUUCUAUGGGGACCUCCAGAUGUCCUGUGUUUGCGAAGCUGUACUUGAGAAGAAGGUUCAUGAGCUUAUUGAAGCAUUGGAGAUCCUUGAAGGUGAAAAUGCUUCAAAAACUGUAGAGAUUGAACAACUGAGUGGAAAACUAUGUGUUUUGGAAGGUGAUAAUGGAGGACUCAAGGCUGAGCUGGCUGCAUAUUUGCCUGUCAUUGUUUCUUUGAGGGAUAGUAUCUCAUCUCUUGAAGACCGUGCUCUUUUUCAGACAAAGACAGAACCAAUGGAUGUGGAAUUGGAAAAUCGUUAUCAAGAGAAGAGCCAUGGACUGAUGUGUGGAGAUCACAGUGCUGUGCGGCCAAACGGAGCUUCUGAUUUGCAGGAAUUGCUGAAUAGGGUCAAAGCUAUUGAGAAGGCAGUGGUGGAGAAGGAGAGGCUUGCUGUGCUUGAAAGCUUAGACAAAGUCAAACAAGUGGCUGCGAUGAAAGAGAUCAAAGAGUUAAAAUCUAGGAGGAGCGCUCUCAAAGAAAAAGAAGUUCAAACAAGCAAGGAUAUUGUUCUGCAAGUAGGAGGCCCAGAACUCAGGAAUGAACCAAGUGAUGAUCAUCUACAGAAGACAGAACCUGAAAUAUCAAAAUCAAGGAAUGUACUACUGAUGAAAGAUAUUCCACUAGAUCAGGUUUCAGAACAAUCAUUCUAUGAUCAUGGAGUUGGACAAUAUGGUCUGAACAAGAAAGGAAAUGUUGAUACAGAUAAUGAAAUGCUUGAGAUAUGGGAAACUGUUGAACAGGACUACAGCCUAGAUCUCAAAGUCAACAAGGGACAGAAGUUGCCAUCUCCACCUGCCAAGGGGGAGACUGAAGUAGAGGAGCAGAAGAGCGAAUAUCCCUCUUCAGAGUUGCAAGUUGAGAAGGAGUUGGGUGUUGACAAACUAGAGGUAUCCAGGAGGGUUACAGAGCCACAUCAGCAGGGGAACAAUAGGAAGAUACUAUUGAGACUUGCUUCUGAUGCUCAGAAGUUGAUGAACCUUCAGAUAACAUUGGAAGAAUUGAAAAAGAAAGUGGAAAUGCCAGGGAAGAGCAAAAAUUCCAAGGAUAUUGACUAUGAUAGUGUGAAAGGGCAGUUACAGGAAUUUGAAGAGGCCAUCAUGCAGUUGUCUGAUGUUAAUGGAAAAUUGAUGAAGAGUGCUGAGGAGAAUAUCUUAUCCUCUAAUGAACAGUCUGUGUUGGAAAUGGAGGAGACUGGGAACGUCCGAAGGAAGAGAGUCUCAGAACAAGCACGGCGAGCUUCUGAAAAGAUUGGACGGCUGCAAGUUCAGCUUCAGAAAAUCCAGUUUGAUUUGUUGAAGCUUGAUGAGAAUAGAAGCAAAGGAAAAACAAAAAUCACAGACAGAAGAUUGAAAGUUCUCUUGAAGGACUAUCUAUAUGACAGUGGCAAAAGCAGUGGCAAAAGCAGCCCCAGGCGAAAGAAGGCUCCAUUUUGUGCAUGUGUCAGACCUGCGACUAAAAACUAAAGGAUAGAGUGUGAUAGGGGACGAGUGAGCUAGUGACUUCCAGACACUCAAAACUGUUAAUAAUUAGCAGGAAGAGAAGAAAGGCGAAGGUCAAGAUUAUGCCAUUAUUAUUGGAUCAACUGCCCUCGCACAUGUCAAGCACAAUUCUUCGGCCUUUUGAAUGGCUCUUUAGGAAAGUGGGAGAGGAGACAAAGGUCUGUGCAAAACCAGAAGACAAUUUUAAUAGCCAGACUUUCCAAACUUGAAGUUGGAGAGGAAUUCAGUGUGAGAUCUGCAUUUUGGAUCUUGACUGGAUCUUAACAAUAAUUAUAAUUUACAUAUGAAAUUAUUAUUGUAAAGAGGUUCUGUUAUUUUUGCAAAUGUCACAAAGUAUCUCUUCUACAAUGUGGACUGAUUAUAUGUCUAUUCUAACUGUUGGAUAGAAGAAAAUGAUCUGGAUUAGCCAUGUGACAAAUUUCAGAGGAUAAUUCAGCAAAUAACUCAUAUUUUAUUUCCAAUCGUCCA